CUACAGAAACAGGCACCUAGUCAAUGUUUAUGUAUGUCACUUUUUCUCUUCUUUUACUGAAUAAAAAAUCUGCUAAUACAGGACAAACGCCGCUCGACCUGUGUCCUGAUCCAAAUCUGCGCAAGACUUUGACGUCGUGUCGCAAGGAGAACGAGGUAGCUAACGAUCACUCACCGGAGAGCGAUCAGGCUGUAGCGUCGACUUCCAGUACGAGUGCCACUAAUGCCGCAAGUGCUAUCAGUGCCCCAAGUACCUCGAGUGCCGCAAGUGCCGCAUUGCCCGUUACACCACCGCCUCAGUCACUGCCACCGGCGGCAGAAGUUGUUUCAUCAUCAAAACACAUCGAUCCCACAACGCUAGAGUGUUUAGUAUGUUCCGACGCUAAACGGGACACGCUGUUUCGCCCGUGCGGUCAUAUCUGUUGCUGCAACGGGUGCGCUGCCAGGGUGAAGAAAUGCCUGGUGUGCCGUGCGUGUGUGACAUCACGCAUGCGCGUAGGUGAAUGCGUGGUAUGUUCGGAGGCGGCGGCGACGGUUGUGUUUCGUCCGUGCGGAGACGUGUGCGCGUGCGCAUCGUGCGCGCCGCUCAUGCGCAAGUGUGUAGAGUGCCGUGUGCCGCUGCAACCGCCGCACUCCAUACAACAACAUGGUCAGUAUACACAUAAAUGUAUAUAAAUAUAAUGAGUAAAUUGUCUUUCUUUGCACAUUAUCAUACAGCCUAUUACCAAAAUAAUAAUAAAUGAUACUGUGUUUGUUUAUUUAUUUAUCCCUAUUUGUUUAAUUUAUUUAUUAUCUGUAUAUCAGUUCUAUUAAUUUUAAUAUAAUUAUGGUUUUAUAUACCUUUCUAUAUUCAUUUAGUUGCACAUCACACACCAACAGGCCCUGUCAGAAUAUCAGCGUUGUUGCGUCCUAUGUCGUAACAAAUUAUGCUGAGACAGGGUCCUGAUUGAUCCAGCUGUCACUGUUAAUUAUUUAUUUAUAUAAUGUUUGUUUUAUGUUUAUUUUUCUUUUUAUAACUUUUUAAAGUUUUUUAGUCAAAGUUCUUUCCUCUUUUCUUUCUAACUUUCUUUCUUUCUAUUAGUUAUUUUACUGCCCAGCUUUAAGCCCACAGCUUCCACCGUAUGAAUCAAAAAUCCU